CACAUUCUUCUGGGUCCUAGUGGAGAGUGGAAGAAGGCUUUGGCCACAACAGGAACUAGCUUCCCUGGGAGGGAACAGAGUUUGGGGGAGAUCGUGGCCAGCCAUCAAUGGCAACCCCAGGUUGAGGAGUAGAGCCCCCAGCCUAGCACCUCGGGGUACUCCCUCCUGGAGGUGGUGGAUGAUGAAGUUCUGGGACUGUCAGGUGAGGGGACUAGAGGAAGAAGAGAUGAGAGAGGAUUGACUAACAACAGGGGUAGGGGGUGGGUGGCUCAUGCCUGUAAUCCCAGCACUGGGAGGCUGAGGUGGCCACUACACUCCAGCCUGGGCAACAAAGUGAAAAAAAAAAAAAUGAGACUCAGAAAGCCGGGACCAGAAAAGGAAAUGAUGCAUUCUGUGGACAGAGAGAUGGAAGAAUGGGGAGGAGAAGGAGAGGCACAUGGCGGUUUACAAAGGAGAAAGACGGAAAGAUGGCUUGCAGAAGCCAACAGUCUGCGGGGCUGGGGAGGAUGGAGAGUGGUUUGGGGUUUGGUUUCAGGGUUUAAGGUGAUCAGUUGCAGAAGCAUUACACGGUGGCCUGUUCUUUUUUACUCAACCCCUUGGGUAGAUCGCAACCCCCCACUUAGGUUUCUGUACUGGAAAUGGAAGAGGGACUGGUCGGACGAAUCAGAGGAGGAGCCAGAGAAGGUGCUCGUCCCUGAUGCUGAGGAGACCUGCGUGGUGGAGACCCUGUGUGGUCUCAAGGUGAAGCUGAAGCGACGGCUAGUGUCGCCCAUGCUCCCUGAGCACCACGAGGUCUUCAACAGGCUGCUUGAGGAUCCUGUCGUUAAAAGAUUCCUGGCCUGGGACAAAGAUCUGAGGGUGUCGGACAAGUACCUGCUAGCUAUGGUCAUAGCAUAUGUUAGCCGUGCCAGCCUCUUCUCCUGGCAGUACCAACAUAUUCAUUUCUUCCUGGCCCUAACACUGGGCCCAGGGGAGAUGCAGAUUUUCAGCAGGAAGCUUAUUCCAAUGCUAAUGGAAGACACUGGGAAGGAAGAGAGGAACCAUUUGUGCAGAUCAUCUGGAAGAACCUAGAAGAACCUGGACUGUUCUAGAAGGAGCUGAAUAGAGUGAUCAUGCUGUCCUCCUAGGAGUGGUAGGUGGGAGGUACUUCUGGGCGUCCAUGUAGGACAGUGAGAAACCAGCGGUGUUUCUUGUUCCACCCCUUCCUGCGGCACUACCUCCCUUUUUAGAUUGCUGUAUUCAACCUCUCUGGGGUGGAACUUGGAGGUCCUGCUUCCUAUGGACUUGGUUGCCAUAGUCCGGGAGCAUUUGAAGGCACAGUGCAGGUGCUCAGAUUGGCACAGAAUUAUUUGUAAAAUAUGAGUGCCACAGGAUUGUAACAGAU